AUGAAAAUACUGAUAGUCUCGGUGCUGGCCAGCUUCUUCUUCUGCGAAGCUUCGAACUCCUUCAACCGAGUCAUCGAGUUAACCGAUCGUUUUCUUGAGGUCAAAGGAGACAGCCAAUGGCUCGUCAUGUUCUACGCUCCUUGGUGCGGUCACUGCCGGAAAAUGGAGCCGGUCUUCAUGCAAACCGCGCAAUCUCUUGCAAACACACCGGUUAGAGUCGGAAAAUUAGAUUGUACAAGAUUCACAUCGGUGGCAAGUGAAUUGGGAAUCAAGGGCUUUCCUACGGUACUUUUCCUGAAAGGGGACGAAGUGUUCACGUUCUCACGUGAUCGCACCAGAGAAGAACUAGUUGACUUUGCUCGUCGUCUCUCAGGUCCGCCUGUGAAGUUCAUCGAUUCAUGUACUGAUAUGCAAGUUGCUUUGCAAGACGAGAAACUGUUUUUUGUUUAUGUGGGAGAACGCAAAGGAGAUCUUUGGCUAGCUUUUGAAACUUCGGCAAAGCAUUUGCAAGAUCAUCUGAUGUUUUUUGCCAUUGAGAUGGAUUGUUUGAAAUGGCACUUGAAGGAGGCGAAGUCUCCUGCUGUAGCAGUCUUCAAAGAAGGUGGAAACAUCGUAAUGCCUCCUAUAGGUCUAGAUGGUGGCGUAAAUGAAACAGUCCAACAAUGGAUACUUGCGGAGCAGUUUGAAGAUUUUGUUCGAAUAACCUAUGGAAAUUUGCCAUUGCUACUGAAAACCGGGAAAAUACUCGUCCUUGUUGUCGUAGACGAAGACAAAGUAGGCACUUUGACUCACGAAAUGGAUACUUUCAAACGAGAUCUGGAAGCGGUCAUGCGGAAGAACCAGGAAGAAUUCCGAGAAAAAGUUCAGUUUGGGUGGUUAGCGUCUCCUGAAAUUGGAAAUUCCAUCGCAAUAACCACGCUUCCACUGCCUUGUAUUUUGGCCGUGAACUCGUCGUCGUACCAAUACUUUCUUCCCGAGAAAGAGUCAUCGAUUCUGGAUCAAGAAGAAAUUGUGGAAUUUGUACGAGCUAUCCUGGAUUUCUCGUUGGUACCGCAAGGAGGGAGAAGCUACUCGACGCAUUUUCAACGUACCGUAUUUGAAGCCAGUGUCUCUCUUGGUCAGAUGUGGCGUGGGAAUCCGGUUCUCACGUCUGUAUUGUUUGGACUUCCACUCGGAUUUUUAUCUUUGAUUUGUUAUUCAAUCUUUUGUGGAGAUAUUAUGGAAGCUAGGGACGAUGACGAGGACCAAUUAAUUGAUGACGAGUUUCACGAAAAAAAGGAAUGA